UCGAAAGUGUCAAAAACAAUUUCAUAUAAUAUCGCCUUCCAUCUUGGCAACGCAGUUUGACGUAAAUUCGUUGACGUCUUACGGUUGUGUUUCAAACAUGGCGGCGGCGAUCCGCUGCACACUGCCAAAUUGUUCGUGUGAAUGUUUUUCCCCUGGCAAGGUACAUAUCCGAACCUGCGAUUCAUGUAAACACGGUUGGGUGGCUCAUGAUUCACUCACAGAAGCUCAAGUGAAAAAGAUUAGAAAAAAGGGCGCCAAAAGUGGCACACCAUGUCAGUACCCCCGAUGUGAUUGUGAUGAUUUCACCGCACCCCAAGGAGGGUUCAAACCGACAUUCUCCCUACCUACCUGCCAGGGGUGUCGACACAAACAAACAGACCACCGACUGCCAACUAAAUGUGAUAAACAGAAGAAAGAGCAAAUGGAGAAGGCUGAAACGUAUCCUUGUAUUGGAUGCAGUUGCCAAGGUUACCAAAGACCAGAUGAAAGCGUGCCAGUGGCCACACCCCAAGCCAGACAAUGUACCGGAUGCAAACACCACAUUGAUGCACAUCGACCGUUAUCAGAAACAGACCACUACAUCAUGUUAGAGUUUUCAUCAGUCAGUCAACUGAGAUGCCACUGUGAAGUGAAACAACACAACGUCAUCUCGGAUGAUGAGGAAACUGACAUGACUGAGUGGUUUGAAGCAGUCUGCGUAGAUCCCGAUGAACUUGUGGAGCAGAGUACUCACAGAAUAUGUCGAUGCAAAGGUUACAGUCUCGAUGACCUCAUGAAAAUAUGCUUGAAAUUCAAUGGAUUCUCUCAGGAGUUAGUAAAGCCAUUGCUGGCUGCACUACCAUGUCCAAGUUGUCUGCAUAGUUUAGAAAACCAUAGAGAGUCAACAACUCAGGAAACUAUAAAGAGAGCUAAGGAAAAGUCUGCUGUAUUGUCUUUGGUUAAAGUGGUUGGAUUUCAAACGUCAAGUCACUAUACUAGUAGUGAGAUUGCUGCGUUGUUAUUGCCGAUUCCUGAAGUCAAUAGUCAGGUGGCAUUUGCCAGAACUAAAGACUCAAGCACUUCAAAUACAUACCAUAUCAAAUGCUGCAUUCUACCAAAACAAAUCUCUGGACUUUUGCUAAAUACUGCCACCAAUGGUCAGAGUGAGAAACAGCCUACCAUACACGGGACAAGAAAGAGAAAAAGCAGUGAAGGCAUUGGCUGUGCAGAGGUAAAGGUUGAACCGAAGAAUAAACAGAAACGGAAGAGGAAAAGUGAUGGUGAUGAAUCAUUCCCAAGUGAUGUAUUGAUCGGCGAUUCUCAACUUGUGAAUCGUUACAAUUUAGAGGAGAAGUCUAUCUAUAGUAUAUUAGAAAAUCUAAAUAGUGGUAGUCAUCAGAUUUAUAUCAAAACAUGUGACCCUGUGACCAGUUUGAUGUGGUGUCCGGUUAAAAUAGGAGACAGAUUGACUGUUGCCUUAGGCUCCAAUAAGGGUAUAUUAUCAUUAUAUAAGUUAUAUAAUGAUAAAUGUGAGGCUAUUGUAGUUGACGGUAAUCCAUCUUCCUCCUCUUUAACCAAGCUCUGCUGGUUUGAGAAGAAUGAUACAUGCUAUCUUCUGUCUGGUUACAAGAAUGGUCAUCUAUGUUUGUGGCAAUUGAUGGUUGCCGAGGUUACCAAAUUACAACUAAUUCAAGAUAUAGGGGAUAUACAACAGCAGAUUUCAACAAUUGCUGUCUCUCCAAACUUACAAUAUUGCGCCGUUGGAUAUGCAAAUUCUGGCGAUGUCAUCUUCUAUAAAUUGAAGUAUCAUAGAGAAUUGUAUCUAUCCUGUAUCAACCAAGGCAGAAUUGGAUAUGGUUCAGUUCGAUGCAUAACAUGGCAUCCUCUUAAAAGUUUGUUGGCUGUCGGUGGUGAAGAUGACAACGUUACCAUAUUCUACAUGAGGUCAUCGUCAGAGAAAGUGGUAGAACGAAAGAAUACUGUCCAUUAUCUUACACCAAAGAAACAACUUUCUCCAGACAUAUUUCAUAAAUGCUGCAUAUUAAAAGGCCACGCAUCAUUUGUGUCAGCUGUUCAGUUUCUUCCGAGCGGAAAUUAUCUGGUGUCAGCUGGUUGGGAUGGUCAGAUCCUAUUUUGGAGAACCACUGAAAUUGAUGACAUCAUCACCAAUAAUGAUGAUGUCACUGCUGUUGAGUGGACAUCUGGAUAUAUGAUUGGUCAAAAGAAAUUGAGUAGCUCAUCUAAUGAAGUCACUAGUAGAGGUGCCCUCAUGGCUGUUUCCAUGGAGAUUGUUGGCAACAUCUUGUUUAUGGUUUCUCGGGUUUCUGUGGGUCAUGUGUACGUUGCUGCAUACAGAAUUCCCAAUAAAUAUUUCUGCCCUGAAAAAGACUAG